AUGAGGAAUGUAAAGUGUGUAAAAUUGGCCCAAUUAGAACAGAAACAUUCUUGCUUGAAAGAAGAAAAACAUCAAUUAUUUCUCCAGUUAAAGAAAGUACUUCAUGAAGAUGAUAAUAGAAGAAGAGCCAUGGUAAAAGAAGCCAAGUAUGUUGUUGAUGUAAUAUCUGGUACCCAUUCUUAUCCUCCUCCUGGAAUGCCUGUUGGUGGACCACCACCUAUGUACAUGAUUGGUAGUGCACCAUUAAUGAAUCGGACCCCCGUUGUAUAUAAAGUUGGAGCACCACCUCAACAAAAUUUAUUGCCAACGGGAGCAACAAAAAGGCCUCGUAGUCCAUCUCCUCCACCACAGUCCAGUGCAUAUCAACCCGGUUUUAGUUAUAAAACUCACGUUGCUGCAUACGGACAAAAAGGUGGUCCAUAUCAGACCGGACAGACCUAUUAUUCUCACACCGCAUCCGCCACGGGCUCAGGAACGUCUGCCACAGUCGCCACGACGGUUCAAUAUCCAGGAUAUUCGGCACCGCAUCCUGCUCAGUAUCCUCCGUUGCCACCCGAUCAAGCUGCGGGUUCCAAAGCACACAUACCCCCUCAUGGUUAUCCUCACAUUACUCAUUUACAACAACAAGGUUAUGUUGGUUCUUUGCAUCAGCAGUUAGAUCAUGCAAAUCAAAAAUCUGGAUUUUCUGAAGAGAAAUAUUAUGUUCAGCAGCCUACUGUUAUGUCGAUGCGUUCUGGAGUACCGGUUGCAGCCGCUCAACCUCUGAUAUCGAUUCAACAACCAAAACCUGGAGGAAUUACUUCCGGUUUCCCCAUCCGGUCCCAACAGCCACCGACUUCUGCUCCUCAUUAUCAGCCUCCCACUUCUAAUCCGUCAAUUGGAAAUCAUUCUCAGAAUACUUACGGAUCUCAACAAAAUUUGUCAAGACACGGAUAUUCUGGGCAGCCCACUACCCGAUACUACUGAGAUUAGAUCUCGCUGGUAGGGACAUAAUGUCAGAACUCUGAAAGAUCUGUACAUAAUUUACAUAUAUAUUUUUUGCAUUUGGAAUUUAAUUCUUUGAUUUACAGACAAGAUCUUAUGUUUUAAAGGUUGUAAAGUUUAAACGAGGCACACGAAAAUAAACACAUCGUUAAAACGAA